GACGGACAAUAAUCGUCUCAUCACGUCUCAUUCUUUGGUGUUUGCGGUUCCAUCUGCCGGAGGGAGCUCUGUCUGGGUGUGGGACCGUGCACCCCCACCACUCCUCCACCUCCCCUGGUACAGAACCUACCCAGGUACGUAGCACCACUGUACCACCCACAGCCGGAUGUGUCGCGUCUUUUGGGGCGACGAGCUUGUCGCGUUCCCACUUUGCACGUCUCCAACUUACAUGACAUCGCACAACCACUACCACUACUACCACCACAACAACAUCCGUCACAGCCGCUGCCAGGCAGAUCGAAAGUUUCACUCCUAAUUCUCCGACCUCCAAUCUAAGCGAACCCCCGCGCUCGCCGUUUCAUUGCCGUCCGAUCACCGCCCCCAAUCCUCCCCGCCUGCUCGCGAAUCAACCCCCGAGCGGUCGAGGCCGCGAUCCCUCCCGCUCAGCCUCAUCACCACCGCCGCCAUGGACAACCUCACUCCCACCGCCAAAACCCCGUCGCGAACCCCCAGUCGACGUGUCGGCAAUGGUGACCCACUCUCCGCUCGCCGCGCCGUCCACACGCCCCUCGACCGCAGCGCCCCGCGAGACCUGCGCAACUCGAUCCGCCGCGCCACGCCGGGCUCCGCCAGCCAACGGAACAAUGCGCCCACGCCGCAUGCCAAAGCCGCUCGCCGCGCGCUGAACCAGCGUCGCACCGCCAUGUUCACGCCUGGCAAGAACCGCCGCCGCAGCUUGAUGCAGCAGCGCGAGUCGCCCUUGGAUCUGUUGCGCCAGCUUAGUAGGGUUAUCCCGCGGUCCACCCAGCCCGCCGCCUCGUCCUCCUCUUCACCAGACGAGAAGUCCAAUAUCGCCCCUAUACGGGAGGAGGACGACGGUGACGACCUGGACUAUGACACUGACGAUGACUUGCCAAUUGAUCCACCGGAGCUCACGUUGCCUAUCGAUGUGGAUGACGAGGACGGCUCGGACGAAGACCUGCGGCCGCCCCGCCUUUCAGUAGUUGAGGAUGAAAACUUUACGGUUGGGUCAGUCGAGCUGCCUCGACGUUUUGCCAACGACCAAUCUAGAUUGUCACGGAGUAGCUUUGGAAGCGUACGCGUCAGCGAUGCCUUCAAUGAUCUUACGAACGAGGUUGGCCAGGUGUCUGACUUCUUCCCUGGACUGCUGGACGACCUCGAUCUCCAAGUCCAUGCUAGCGAUGAUGAUUCGGCCCUCGAGAGAAUCGAAGCUGACCAAACACGACCACUGACCAUGGCCCUCGACAACGACUUCAAUCUCGAGAUUCCCGAUGGGGUUGGUGACCAAACUACGUUCCUCAUGUCAGAGCCGGAUGCAGACAUGCCCCAAACAUCGCCCAUAAUCGACCGCUCCGUUACCGAGGCCAUGGCUGACGCACAGCGGGAGGCGAUGGGGGAUGUUGCGCUUGGUGACUCGGACUCGGACAAUGGCGGACCCGGUUUCGACACAGAAGGCUUCGACUUUGAUGCAGGAGGUAUUGAUGACCACAGCUUAAUCAUGGAAGAUGAGCCUACCAGAGUAGAACCAGAGCCUACCAGAGUAGAACCAGAGCCUUACAGAGUGGAACCGGAUACUGCCAGAGCGAAAGCAGCGCGGAAGGCCAGGAGAAACAAGAAGCGGAUAUCGAGACACGGCAUUGAGUAUCCAGCGCUGCCUACAUCCUUUGUCAAAAGGGUCGCACAAACCGCGCUGCAAUCGUCGGGACUUACCAACCAGCGGGUUUCGGCAGACACCCUCGAUGCUCUCGCGCAGGCAUCCGAGUGGUUCUUUGAGCAGUUGGGAGACGAUCUCGGCGCCUAUGCUGACCACGCCAAGCGCAAAACCAUCGAGGAGAGUGACGUUGUGACGCUAAUGAAGAGGCAACGCCAGAUCGGGUCCCGGUCUACCAUGUUCUCCCUGGCGCAGAGACACCUUCCACGAGAACUGCUCCAGGAGCUGAGGAUGCCCGUUCCGCAACCUACUAAGCAGCGUCGUGCAAAGCGGGCGCGGGAAGACGACGAAGAGGAAGUUACAGAGGUUACAUGAGUUUUUACAUGGACAUGAAUAGGGUGGUUGUUUCCAGCCUAGAAACCCUUGGAGCGGGCCACACGACGUGCAAUGUCUGACG